CAGUCGUUUAAAAAAGUACCAACUCUGAGAGUAUCAGAAGCAGCCUUGGAAAAAGCUUUUAAUUACGUCCAGCAGGCUCUCUUAUUUGUCCUGAUUGCACGAAUGGUCUCAGGUAUUUUUACUGACACCAACUGGUGAAGAUUCGAGGCUGCCACUUCAGAGAGAAGGAACUUAUUAAGGAAGUGAAUGAAAAAGACCAACUCUAGAUCAAAGCUCAGUGGACAGCUUGGCUACAAGUGAGGAUUUCAAAUGGAGUCAGCAGUUUCACAGAUUCUUCACACUGCAGCCCCACUAACCAGCUCCACCACUGCCCUGGAUGACAUCACAGAAACAAACACCACUGCAGAAACUAAUGCUUCCUGUGGAUUUUCAAAGAUCCCCUCUCACCCUGCUUUCAUAUUUGCAUACUCACUAGUGUUUCUUGUCAGUCUGGUACUUAACUGCAUCACAAUGCGGGUUUACUUCUGUUCCAGUCAGCGUGUUCAGUCCAGUGUCACAGUUUACAUGAAGAACCUGGCGGCAGCCGACUUCUUCCUUUGUCUUUGUUUACCUUUGCGCAUUGCUAACUAUGCAGACAGUUCAGAUUUAAUGCGCAAUAUUUACUGCAGCUUUGGAGCAUCAGCAUUCUAUCUAAACAUGUACGCAAGCAUUCUCUUUAUGGACUUUAUUGCUGCAAACAGGUACCUGAAGAUUGUCCGGCCAUUGGAGACACAUGCUCUGCAGACGGUUCGUACCGCUCGGCAUAUUUCCAUUGGAACGUGGCUCUCCCUGUUAGCCAUGUCGUCUGUCUACUUGAUCCUCUUCCUCCUGACCUCUUGGGGUCACGUUCACAAGCCUGAGAAGAGUGGCUGCGAGGCCUUACACAGUCCCCAGCUCAGUCUGGUCUACAAAAUCACUCACAGUGUGUCAAUGGUGCUCUUCACGUUUGUGCUGGUGUCUCUGAUUGCUUUGUACUGGGGCACUUUGCAAAAGAUCAAACAGGCUCAGUUGUCCACACAGAACGCAUCCAGAAGCCAGAAAUUCAGGAAAUCGAAGCGUAACAUGUUGGUGCUCGUGAUGGUCUUUUGUGUAUGCUUUGUGCCCUACCAUUUGGUUAGACUGCCUUAUGCAUUCAUCAAACCUCAGACGAAACUCUGCACGGCACAGGCGUUCUACGUACUGAAGGAGCUGACCGUCCUGCUAUCGGUGCUCAAUGCUUGUCUGGAUCCUCUUAUAUACUUUAUCUUCUGCAAGGCCUUCAGAGCCCAGCUGGGCCUCAGGAGGAUGUCAGAUUCAAUGAGAGACAGCGACGAUAAAAGCCAACAAAGACGAAUGAGCAACAUGUUGAGCUACAUUGAAACCAAGAUUUCCACAUUACGACGUGAAAGUGUCAUUUAACACAAGGAUGACACUGUCCUACUAACAAUGCAGAAAAAGCCUUAUUAAAUCUAAUGCAGUGCAAUACAUACAUUUAUUGGGUUCCUUUCUUUUCUACGUGCAACAUUUUAUUUUCACUUUCAGUUGAUUACAGCGUGAAGAUGAUAUUGAGAAUUUGUUGUAAGAAAUUCAUUCAGACUGAUAUUUUAUCUUGAGCUGACUGUGACCACUUCUACGAUGUGUGUGUGUGUGUGUGUGUGUUAACUUUCUGCGUAUAGGCAAAUGCAGAAUCAAUCUGUAAUCUGUUUCUCUGUAUAUACGGUUUAAAAGUUUAAAGUCAGUAAGAUUUUUUUUUUUUAAAGAAAUGUAUACUUUUUUUCACCAAAGAUGCAUUCAUUUGUUCUAAAGAGUAAAGACAUUUAUAAUGUUACAGAAUAUUAUGUUUCAAAUAAAUGCUGUUCAUUAGCACUUUGUAUUCAUUAAGGAAUCAUGAAAAUAAUGUGUACCGUGAUUUCCACAUGGUUUCAAAGCAGAUAAUGGUUAAAAAAAAGUUUCCUGAGCAGCAAAUCAGUAUAUCAGAAUGAUUUCUGAAGGAUCAUGUGACACUGAAGACUUGAGUAAUCAUGCUGAACAUUCAGCUUUGCAUAACAGGAACAAAUGACAUAAAAUGUAUAUUUGUAUGAAUGUACAGUAUAAUUUAUAUUCUUACUGUUUACUGAUCAAAUGAUUGCUCGCUCUCUCUCUCUCUCUCUCUCUCUCUCUCUAUAUAUAUAUAUAUAUAUAUGUGUGUGUGUGUGUGUGUGUGUGUGUAUAUACAUACACACACACACACACACACACACACCACACAUAUAUAUAUAUGUAGUGAUAUGAAAGAAUAAUUUUUUUGGACAAGUUUUUAGCUUGCUAUGGGGAAAAAUACAGCAU